AUGGGAAAAUUUACUAAGGAAGAAGAAGUGCUUCUCUCGAGCUACUCUCCAUCCAGUUCUACCAAAGGAAACGUCUUGUUUUAUUUUAAUGCGUUGAUCAUUGCUGUGGCUCCAAUUUAUCUUUUCUAUGGAGUUCAUCAAAUGGAAAUUUCGGAUUCGUGGAUUGUCUGGGCUAUCUCUGCCAUCUCUACCACUUACCUUUUGUCGCUUUCCUGUAAAAAUCAGAAGAGACUUUUGAAGGACAAGAUCAGCACUAAGCGUGGACAAGCUGUUGAGCGUGAAAUCUCUGCUAAGUAUGCCAGCGACAAGAAGAUGAGCAUUAAGGAGAAGGAGGAGCGCGCUUUGUUCCGCAAGAACGAAGUCGCUGAUAGCGAAUCGACUUAUCUCUCGAUUUUCUACACCAACACUCUUUUCCUUACCAUCAUGCUCGUCUCUGGAUUCUUCCUUUUUGCCAACGUUGCUCCAGUUUUCAACCUUCUUCUCUCGACUUCCGGAUCUGCUGCUCUCGUCGCUUUCCUUUCCACGGCCAAGAACUAA